AUGAAGGUCUUCGCCUGCAUCUCCGCCGCUUUCCUCCUCCUUAGCAUGUACUCAGUAGGGGCCACCCUUGAAGCAACAUGCAAGCAAGUAACAUCUCCACCAGUACAUGGUUUUGACUUCGAUUUCUGUAAGACAAGUCUUCAGGUUGUUCCAGGAAGUGAAAAAGCCGACACUCUAGGUCUUUCCCUUAUAGCAGCAAGCUUAGCGCUCGCCAACUUCAUGCACAACCAGGCCAAGGCCACGGAGCUGCUGCGGGACAAGAAUUUGUCCAAGCCGACCAGAAAUAUUCUCACCGACUGCCAAAGAUUCUACAGCGACGACGCCGAUGACCUUAAGAGGGCCAUCGAAGCGCUCAAGUCCGGCAAGUUUAAUCUCUCGGACAUUAAAACUUAUUUGGUUAAUGCAUCGGACGAUGUCGAGACGUGCAUUGAGAGCUGGGAGGAUUUGGACCAAAAGUCACUGAUGCCUAAAGAAGAAGACGAUGCCGAGAAAAUCAGCAGGCUUGCGCUCGCUGUUACCGCUUUGCUUCGUCCAUGA